AUUUUUAAAUUUCAACUUGUUUUGGAUUCGUGAUUGUUAGUCAAAUUUUGUUUCUCUUUGAUUGUUUUAAUUUAUUUCGAGUUUUAUUUUGAUAAGGAGUUUUGUUAAAUUAUCUGUUCUCUUUUCUUAAUCGUGAGUUUUGAAUCGUUAGAGGUAAUAAUGGGUCGACGGUUUAGUAAUAAAAGAGGAAAAGGUAAAAACAAGGAACGGAAAAGUGGCCGAGCUCCAAGAAGACCUGGAAAACCAGUGAAUUAUGCCGACAUAGUUAAAGAAAAUGAUACUUAUGUUGAAUAUUAUAAAGCUCAGAAAAUUGUUCCACCAGAGGAAUGGGAAGAUUUUAUGUUUGCCAUAAGAGAUGAAUUACCGGCCGCUUUUCGUAUAAACCGAUGUUGCAUGGGACAAACAUUAAAACUACGAGAUAUGAUUAAUAAUAAUGAUAAUUUUAGUGCAAUCGUUAACCCUGAUGGUAAAAAAGUGUCCGCCAUUGCUGCUCUUCCUUGGGAUAAAGAGGGUCUAUCAUUUCAAUUCAAUUAUUCUCGGGUUGAGAUAAGAAAAUCUGAAGCUCUACAGCGAUUACACUCUUUUCUUGUCUCAGAAUCGGAAAAUGGUUAUAUCAGCCGACAAGAAGCAGUCUCCAUGAUUCCACCUUUACUAUUGGAUAUUCAGCCUCACCAUAAAGUUUUGGACACUUGUGCCGCUCCAGGAUCAAAAACAGCUCAAAUCAUUGAGAUGUUAGAUGUUAAUCUAGAAUCCAAGCAACAACAAACUGAUCCAAACUCAUUACCCAUAAGCACUGGUAUGGUGGUGGCAAAUGAUGUUGACAAUAAAAGGUGUUACAUGUUAGUUCAUCAAGCGAAACGAUUACAUUCACCUUGUUUCAUUAUCUGUAAUCAUGAUGCCGGUGGAAUGCCCAAUUUUUUCACUCAAUCAAAUGGAACCAGAACUAAGCUUAAAUUUGAUCGAGUCCUUUGUGAUGCUCCUUGUACGGGUGAUGGAACCAUUAGGAAAAAUAUCGACGUUUGGACAAAAUGGACCAUUUCAAAUGGUAACAAUUUUCACAACAUUCAACUACGAAUUGGUCGACGAUCUCUUGAAAUGUUGGCCAAAGACGGAAUGAUGGUUUAUUCAACCUGUAGUCUAAAUCCAGUUGAAGAUGAAGCUGUUGUCGCUUCACUGUUAACACAAAGUCAGGGUACAGUUGAGCUUGUUGAUGUUUCUAAUCGUUUACCUGGACUUAAAUAUCUUCCUGGUCUCGAAACAUGGGUAGUGAUGCAAAAAGAAUCUAAAAUUGUCAAUUCAUUUGCUGAAGUUGAGGAAAACUUGAGAACUCAAAUUCGUGAGUCAAUGUUUCCUCCAGCAAACGCCAAGGAUCUUAACCUCAAUCGGUGUCUUCGUAUUUUACCUCAUUACCAGAAUACUGGAGGAUUUUUUGUUGCAGUUUUACGUAAAAAAGUUGAUUAUCUUCCCUGGGAGAAGCCAAAAGAUUUGACCUCAAAUAGUGACACUGAAAAUGUUAAAACGGAAGAAUCGAUAACAGAGGAAGCGGAACCACCUAAACCUGACCAUCCAAACAAGAGACCACGACGAUCGCUUGGUUUCAAAGAAGAUCCUUUCUUUUUCCUGACCCCUGAAAACGAGGAAUGGAUUGAGAUUAAAAAAUUCUUCAAAAUCUCAGAUGAUUUUCCAGUUAAUCAACUGGUUGUUCGAUCAUUAGGAGCCAAAAGAAACAUUUACUUCGUUACAUCUUCUGCUCGUGAUAUUAUAACCAACAACGAAACUAACGUAAAGUUCAUUAACGCUGGUGUCCGUCUAUUUUCACGAGCCGAUGACAAAGUUUGCGAUGUCGGGUAUCGGAUAACUCAAGAGGGAUUAGCGUCACUUUAUCCUUACCUAGAUAAAGAUAAUAUGGUUCCGUUAACAGCAAGCGAAAUGGCACUUCUGAUGAGCCAAGAGAUGACAACUCAUGAAGAAUUGGAAAAAGUUACUCAGGAAAAACUUUCCACAUUACCAAGUGGUUGUAUAGUUGCCAUUUAUCGUGAACAAUUAAAUUCAAAAUCACCGAGUGGUGAGAUAAUUAACGAGGAGAUGGUUAUACCUUUAUGUAUUUGGAAAGGUAAAACUACUGUUCGUCCUUUUGUCUCGAAAACUGAACGGAUUCAUUUUCUCCGUAUUUGUGGUGGUGACACAAAGGAAUUGGAAGCAAGUGAACUGAAAAGAUUCCAAGAGAAACAGGAAAGAAAACAGGCCAGAAUUGAUGAGAGAAAUCAACAAUUACUCAAAGAAGAAGAAGAAUCGCAAUCAUCAACAAUUAAAGAAGAAACAAUUGAAGAGAUGAAUUUACAAAUCAAUCAACCUGAAAUUGUUCAAGAGACAAAUUGAAACAAUUUACAAUCGUUUCAAUAUUUUAAUUACAAAGAUGAAACAAUGACCAGUUAAUCAAAAUGAAGUGACCAUUAUCCUAAUCUAAAUCUAUUUUUGAUUAAAUUAUGUUUUUAUCAAACAA